AAAAUCUGUUUGGUUCAAGAUUGACAAGUUGCACCAUCUCCAGCUCAUUCUAAGACGUUUAGUUUAAAGCAGGAGAGAUGAGACUUUUGGGGAACUUGUGGGGUAAGAGCUCUCGUCAGCUCUUGAACUCCUUUGCUCAGAAGAGACUGUUCCAUUACUCAGCUGCUGUUCGUACCUACGAGGAGGAAAAGGUUGUCAUUGACAAGAUCCUCGAGAAGCUGCCGGAAGAUGACUUGAAGAAGUCGUCGUUGAUGAGAAACAUCGGUAUCUCUGCCCACAUUGACUCUGGUAAGACCACAUUCACUGAGCGUGUGCUUUUCUACACGGGUAGAAUCAAGGCCAUCCAUGAGGUGAGAGGCCGUGAUAACGUUGGUGCCAAGAUGGACUCGAUGGAUCUUGAAAGGGAAAAAGGUAUCACCAUUCAGUCUGCUGCUACCUACUGUUCUUGGGAGAGAAACAACAAGCCUUACCAUUUCAACUUGAUUGAUACACCAGGUCACAUCGAUUUCACCAUUGAAGUCGAAAGAGCUCUUAGAGUCUUGGAUGGUGCUGUCUUGGUUGUCUGUGCUGUGUCUGGUGUCCAAUCCCAAACUGUCACCGUGGACCGUCAGAUGCGUCGUUAUAACGUUCCAAGAGUCACAUUCAUCAACAAGAUGGAUAGAAUGGGUGCUGAUCCUUUCAAGGCCAUUGAGCAAAUCAAUGCUAAACUCAGAACCCCUGCUGCUGCCAUUCAAGUCCCAAUCGGUGCUGAAUCCCAGUUGAAAGGUACUGUGAACAUCAUUGAUAGAGUUGCUGUGUACAACGAAGGCUCUCAAGGUGAAAUCCUGAGAACUGAUGAAAUCCCAGCUGAUUUGGUUGACCUCGUUGAAGAGAAGAGAGCACUGUUGAUUGAGACAUUGGCCGACGUUGAUGACGAGAUUGCUGAGAUCUACCUCGAUGAACAAGAGCCAACUCCUCAACAGAUUAAGGAUGCCAUUAGAAGAGCCACCAUUGCCAGAAAAUUUACUCCAGUCUUGAUGGGCUCUGCUUUGGCUAACACCGGUAUACAGCCUGUCUUGGACGCCGUCUGUGACUAUUUGCCAAACCCAAGUGAAAUUUUGAACAAAGGUUUGGAUGUCAAGAACGACGAGACACCAGUUGAAUUGAUCCCAUCCUCCAAGGAGCCAUUUGUCGGUUUGGCAUUCAAGCUUGAAGAAGGUAAAUAUGGUCAAUUGACAUACCUCAGAGUGUACCAAGGUCGUUUGAAGAAGGGUGGUUACAUCACCAACGUCAAGACUGGCAAGAAGGUUAAAGUCUCCCGAUUGGUACGUAUGCACUCCGAGGAAAUGGAGGACGUUGACGAGAUUGGACCUGGUGAAAUCUGUGCCACUUUUGGUAUUGAUUGUUCCUCUGGUGAUACUUUCUCCGAUGGUACCACCCAAAUCGCCAUGUCUUCUAUGUUCGUUCCAGAUGCCGUUAUUUCUCUCUCUAUCACUCCAAAAUCCAAGGAUGUGACAAACUUCUCAAAGGCCAUCAACCGUUUCCAAAAGGAGGACCCAACCUUCAGAGUCAACUACGACGCAGAAUCGAAGGAGACAGUCAUCUCAGGUAUGGGAGAAUUGCACCUGGAAAUCUAUGUUGAGCGUAUGAAGCGUGAGUACGGUGUCGAAUGUACCACGGGUAAACCACAAGUCUCUUACCGUGAAGCCAUCACCAUCCCAGCUGACUUUGACUACACCCACAAGAAACAAUCUGGUGGUGCUGGUCAAUUCGCCAAAGUUGCCGGUAAGCUGGAGCCAGUUGAAGGUGACUGUAGCUUCGAGGCUCAAAUCGUCGGUGGUAAGAUCCCAGAGAAGUUCUUGCUUGCUUGUCGUAAGGGAUUCGAGGAGGCCAUUGAAAAGGGUCCUCUCAUUGGUCACAAGGUUCUCGGUGUUUCGAUGCUCAUUAACGAUGGUCAAGUCCACGUUGUCGACUCCAACGAACUGGCCUUCAGAACCGCAACCAUUGCUGCCUUCAAGCAGGGUUUCCUCAAGGCCAACCCAGUGAUCUUGGAGCCAAUCAUGAACGUGGAUGUCACCGCGCCAAAUGAGUUCCAAGGUAACGUCAUUGGAUUGCUGAACAAGGUGAGCGCCAUCAUCGCCGACACUGAAAACGGCCAGGAUGAGUUCACCAUCACCGCUGAGUGUCCUUUGAACCAAAUGUUUGGUUUCGCCACCUCCUUGAGAGCUGCCACUCAGGGUAAGGGUGAAUUCUCCCUGGAGUUCAAGCAAUACUCCCAGGCUCCAGUGCAUCUACAGAAGGAGUUGAUUGCUGAGCAUCAAAAGAAACUCGCAGAGGAGAAGAAGUGA